UUGGGCAGCUAUUUAAGCAUGCGAUCCGCCAGAUGUCUUCAGAAAGCUCAGCAAAAUCAUCACAGCACACUUAGAUAUAGCCUUCUGAACGUUUCCUGAUGAAACCAGUUUUAGGAAUGGAACCUGGAAAGACUGAUAUUGUCACAGUUCAUGUGCCUGAAAAGGUUCACACGGAAUCAGCUAAGGGAUGUUCAAAUAAAAGAAUAAUAGUUGGAGCGGUAACUGGUGUUGUUGCCGUGGCAGCUGUUGCAGCUAUUGUUCUUCUGUCUGUUCAUUUUGGAUCGAAAAUUACAACAGAUUCAUUCAAGGUUGUACAUCAGACAUAUAAAUCUGACAAAGGGGAAGUAUUUGAAGAGGAGACAAAUGUAACCAAAACAGAGGUUGACGUGCGGAUUCCUAAUGUGGCGGAGGUCAUCUAUGAUUACAAACAUGGCAUAGUUGUUACACGAUUUGUUGAUAGAGAGAGUAAUACACAAAGUGAAUGUAUUGCACAGCAUUUGAAUGAAACCGAAGCUCCAAGUCGAGACACUAACGAUUAUUCAAGUGGAGAGGUUGACAUCAACCAAAAUGAGGAAAACGAGGCUGAGAAGCAAGAGUGGGUAAGGACAGAUACUGAGGUGCCGCAAUAUCUGAUUUCUGAAAAGGUUGAAAGAAUGUGCAGGGGAACAAAAAUCUAUUGGAUGAAAAAGGUACAAAGACAUAGUGGCGGUGUGGAGAAACGACAAGCAUGUACUUCCAUUUUCCGAUAUGCUGUCUGCUGGCGCUAUUCACAUCCGUGCGCCUAUUUUUGUUACGUGAGAGAAUACUGCAAGACCACAGGCGCUUACAUUGGGUAUUAUUAUGCGAAUGGGUGCUUAGUAGGAUGUGACCCAGGACCCUCCAAUCCAAUAUGUCCAUUAAGGAACAAAUAAAAUCAUCAGCACUUUCGUUUCUAAAAUGUGUCUUUUCAUAAAGAUUAAAUUACAACUAUGGUGAUGUGCAAUUUCAGAACAAAUUUCUCACCCACAUUGACUCCUUAACACUAUUUAAUAUACUCUAUGAAACAGAAUUAAAAUGGAGUUUAUUUAAAUAUUUUAGGAAUUGUAUAAUAUAUUCAAGUAUGUUUCAAUGAUUAUUAUUAUGUAUUUCUUUCAAAGAAAUUUUAUAUUUUCUGAUAAUACACACGUUUUCAUUUGUAAAAUCACAAACUUUCACUAAUGUGCAUUUUAACUGUUGCUUCAAUUAUUUUGUGUAAAUGUAAUCAUAUACAUGUAUUUUUUAAGUAUAUCAAAUGUCUUUUUGCAGUAUAUUUUGUUUUACUUUGAAAAACUUAAUGAUCUUUGGCUUGACAUACAAUUGAAUCACUCUUUGUAUGGAAGUCUUAAUAAUGUUUUGCAAAGUAACAUAGCAAAAAAUCUAUUGAAUAAUUGAAUGCAUAUGGCUCAAAAUAUCUGAUGCGAUCAGUUUCUUAUUGCUUUAUUUCUUAAAUUACAUGUAAUACUUUCUUUGUUCUUUUAACUUGACAUGUUCAAUAAAGAUUAUAGUUAA